AUGUCGGUGCCACGUUCACUAUCAGUCCCGAGUAGUAAAGAAUGGAGAUCGGGGAAAGAGCCCGAGCAAUCCUGGAAGAAGUCUCAUCACACCCCUCAAGUCGUUUUGGGUUUGAACUCGCCCAAUAUCGGGUUCGCCUCGAGUACUCCAUCUCGCCUGCACCCUCAUCAGGAUCCUAUCCCUCGUGUUCCUCCUCAUACUAGCUUAGGGGGUGAGAAUGAUUUUAAUCCUCUUGAAGUUUGGAGGCCUACAUUUGUGAAGUUGGACAGAAGUUUAGUCACCCUUAGCGACGGACUAUGGUGUAACCCUGCGCUUCAGAUGUUUUCUUGCGGGUCUGGCCUAUCCUAG